UCCGAGUUCAGGGGGGAGGCCUUCCUCCAACCUUCUCCGCUCCAAUAUGGCUGCACGGCUGUGCAGCAUCUCUGCAGCGGCGCGGCGGCUGCUGCGGAGCCCCGAGCUCCGCGCCGGGAAUGUUGCGGCUGCGGCUGUGGGGCGCUUCUAUUCCAAGGACAAUGAAGGCAGCUGGUUCCGCUCCCUUUUUGUGCACAAGGUGGAUCCCCGGAAGGAUGCCCACUCCACCCUGCUGUCUAAGAAGGAGACCAGCAACCUCUACAAGAUCCAGUUUCACAAUGUGAAGCCCGAGUGUCUGGAUGCCUACAACAGCCUGACGGAGGCUGUGCUACCCAAACUGCACCUGGAUGAGGACUACCCCUGCUCGCUUGUGGGCAACUGGAACACGUGGUACGGGGAGCAGGACCAGGCAGUGCACCUGUGGCGAUUCUCAGGUGGCUAUCCAGCCCUCAUGGACUGUAUGAACAAGCUCAAGAACAACAAGGAGUACCUGGAGUUCCGAAAAGAGCGGAGCCAGAUGCUGCUGUCUAGGAGAAACCAGAUGCUUCUCGAGUUCAGCUUCUGGAACGAGCCACAGCCCAGAGCAGGCCCCAACAUAUAUGAGCUGAGGACAUACAAGCUCAAGCCAGGAACCAUGAUCGAGUGGGGGAACAACUGGGCUCGGGCCAUCAAGUACCGGCAGGAGAACCAGGAGGCAGUGGGCGGCUUCUUCUCACAGAUAGGGGAGCUCUACGUUGUGCACCAUCUCUGGGCCUAUAAAGACCUGCAGUCUCGGGAGGAGACUAGAAACGCUGCCUGGAGGAAGAGGGGCUGGGAUGAAAAUGUCUACUACACAGUCCCCUUGGUGCGACACAUGGAGUCUCGAAUCAUGAUCCCUUUGAAGAUCUCGCCUCUCCAGUGAUGCUGCUACUGACUCCAUCUCCUUCCCCUUUUCCUUUAGGGCAGCCAUGGACAGGGGAGCUCCCAGUCCUGCUGUCUUGGUUUUCUCUCAGAUCUGGGAGGACUCUAGGGGCUAGUGCUCAGCUCAGACAAGGGGGAGCUGAAGGAUGACGGAGUUCAGAGGACUUGCAGCUCUGCCCAGACCCUUCCUACCUUCUCUACCUAUUCUUCCCCUGUGCUGGAAUCAGUUUUUAAUUUCUCUGAAUGGAAAACAGCAACUUUUUAUGUCUUCUUACAUUUCCCCCUAAGAUUACUCAUCUCAAGGCCACCAGUCCACAAUUAUCACCAUGAAAACCCUCAGUUUUAGCUUUAGUUGCACAAAAAGUGGUGUGUCCAGUGAGUAGAGAUGGGGUGGGAAGGGUCACACCAGUCCAGGCUCUUAGGAAUUCCCUGGUCUUCACUGGGCCACCCACUUCCUGGAUAGUCUGAACUUAGUCCCUCCUGCUGAGGAAGAACCUAGAACUGCCACAAAAAGUAAAGGGGAAAACCCUCAAGUUAGCAAAGUCUUCAGGAGGUCCACAUUGUCCACCCAGAAAGGCCAGGAAAAGGGAGCUGGGAAGGAUCUGGGAACAAGAAACAAUGGAACAGGAACAGGAACCCAGAACUGGGAAUCUAGAAGGUAGAACUUAGAAUUCAGAAAUUGAGUUUGAACUACAGAACUUGGAAUACAGAAUGGGGAAGAUAGAACAGAGGUGACAGAAGACCACUUGGGGAGAGAUUCCUAAUACAAGACGGCUUUUAACUGAGAGAGGCUCAUCUGUUUCUCUGUAUAUAAUGAGUUUGAAAACUUGAAUAUGUAGUUCCAGCCCUUCCAUGCAGGGGAUCUCCUGCCCUCCGUUUUCCUUUCUGCAGGUAAAAGACGGGCCAGGGCCUGUAUUCUCACCCUGCAUCCCUUUUUUCCCUCUUUACUUUCUGUCAGCCCAACCCUCAUUCAACCGGACCACUGGGUGUGUGAAGUAAGGUCAGUGAUUUAGGGGGCCUCCUUAGUGACCUCCACACCUCAUGAACCUCUGGGUAGCUUGAGUCUGCCUCCCUUUCAGGAAAAUGUGUUCUGGAGUUGCUGAUGAAAACAAUUAAAUGUUUACUAUAAA